UGAUUGGUGCGUGCGCGACAGACGACAGCGAGCGGAAGGGGAAGGGAGGGGAAGGGGAAGGAGAAGGAGAAAGGAGAAGAUGAAAGCGAGCGAAACCCUAGCCUCGCUCCCUCCCGAGAUCUUGACGCCCGCAACCGGAAGCCGUCGGCAUGGCUAAGGCGCUGCGCUCUCUCGCCGGGAAGCUCAGGCCGCUGGUCGCAUCCACCCUCCGCCGGGCGCCGGCGUCGCGCUCCCUCCACCCCGAGGAUAAGUUGAGUGGCAACACAAAUCCUAAGAUUAAGCCCCUUACUUUCCAUAAUGCUGAGGAGGACGCUCGCAUUAUGUUUGAGAACAUCAAUGAGAGAGCACGAGUGGUAGCGGAACCGAUGGUGGCAUUUCGGAGGAGGCAAAACAGGAUUGUGAUUGCGGCGGCUGCUUCUGGAUGCGUUGUUGGUACUGUUGUGAUGGGCGUUUUUCUUUGUCAGGAUUGAAACAGCUAGAUAAGAGAACCAUGCAUCGACUGCCGCUAUUAUCAUUAUAACUAUGACUUUUAAUUAAGACUUUCUUAUGAAACCUCUAGCGUGCAUGUUUUUUUGUAAGCAAACGUGUAUUGUUAAUUACACUGAUGUUACUUUGAUAUGCAUGGUGAUAAAAACAGAGUACUAUAUUUUAUUUGGUUUUCUUAA